AUGUCUGAUAGUGAUAGGCCAGUUGCUUGUGUUGAUAUGGGUUCUUUGAACAUUAGAGUAGGAUGGGCAGGUGAUGAUUCUCCCCAAAUAACCACUCGAUCACUCAUCGGAUAUCCAAAAUACAAACCAGCAAUGUUUGCCUCUGGACAAAAAUAUUCCUACAUUGGUGAUGAAGCAAUUUCCAAGAGGGGAGUUUUAUCUUAUCGUCCAGUGAUGCAUCACGGAGAGAAUGUUGAUUGGGAUCAUAUGGAAAUGCUAUGGACGUACUUGUUUGAAAAUGAGUUACGGGUUGGAAUGAAAGAUUUGUCCAUUGUGAGUGCUGAUGCAGUGCUUGGAUGUCAUAGUAGGAGGGAAAAGACAGCUCAGAUUCUAUUCGAAAAUUUCAAUGUUAGAGAGUGGUAUUGUGGAUUGGCUCCUGUGAUGGCUUUGUAUGGAACUGCAACACCAAGUGGUUUGUCUGUUUGUAUUGGAGAUGGAGUGACACAAUUAAUUCCAAUUGUUGGAGGGAGUGUUGUUUUGGAAUCUGCAAAAAGAAUUAAUUUUGGAGGACGAAACAUUACAAAAUAUCUGAACGAGUUGGUCAUUUCUCGUGGCUAUUAUUUUGAAAAUUCCAGUACUGAGCAGGAUAUUAUCAGAGAUGUCAAGGAAAAGUUCAGUUACACUACUAUGGACUAUUGGAGUGCAUGUCAACAGGUAGUACAAUAUGGAUCGAAGGUCAAGGAAUACUUACUACCAGAUGGAAAUGUACUCUCUUUUGGAAAGGAGCUAUUUCAGUGUAAUGAGGCAUGGUUUGAUCCAACUCUUGUUCAAAAGGAAUAUCCAGGUAUUCAUCAAAUGAUAUAUAAUUGUGUGGAAUCGAUGGACAUUGAUAACAAAAGAGAAAUGUAUGAGAAUAUUGUUUUGAGUGGAGCUGCCACUUUAACUGAAGGUUUCUGUCAAAGAUUACAAUAUGAGGUGCAACAAUUAAUUCCAGAAAGUGUCACGUGUAGAGUUGUUGCUGGAAACGAGCGACACAACAAUGUAUGGCUAGGAUGCUCAGUGCUAGGAAGCAUGACCAAUUAUUUAUAUGGAAUGACCAUGAAAAGUGAAGAAUACGACGAGAAUGGACCAUCAUGGGUCCACAGAAAAUUUAUGGAUGCAUAA